ACUCCACCCUCACUUAUAAAUAGAGAACCCCAAAAAGGACAAACCUCAUCUCAAAUUUACAAGGCAAACAAAAAAAAAAACAAGACAGAAACUUCCAAGUCAUGAUGAAGAGCCAAUCCCCUUUAGUUCUUGUCCUUCUCCUUCUUCCUACAUUCUUGCCAACUUCUUCCGCUGCCAGGGAUUUUGAUUUCUUUUACUUUGUUCUUCAGUGGCCAGGGUCAUAUUGUGACACAAGGAGGAGCUGUUGUUAUCCGUCAACCGGAAAACCAGCUGCAGAUUUUGGGAUUCACGGACUUUGGCCAAACUACAACGACGGCUCCUACCCCUCCAACUGCGAUCCUGACAGCGCCUAUGAUGAAUCCAAGAUAGAGGACCUGAUAAGUUCAAUGCAAGUGCACUGGCCGACCCUAGCUUGUCCCAGCAGCGACGGCACUCAUUUCUGGACGCAUGAGUGGGAGAAGCACGGCACCUGCGCGGAGUCAGUCCUCGACCAGCACGCCUACUUCCAGUCUGCCCUCGGCCUCAAGAAGCAGCUCAACCUCCUUCAAGUCUUGAGGGACGGAGGGAUUGAGCCAGACGGCGGCUUCUACAGUUUAAACGCCAUCAAGAAUGCCAUCAAGAAAGGGACUGGGAUCAACCCUGGCAUCGAGUGCAAUGUCGAUGAAUCAGGCAACAGCCAGCUCUAUCAGGUUUAUUUCUGCGUGGAUACCUCAGGGACUGAGCUCAUUGAAUGCCCUGUUCACCCGAGGCGUAGGUGUGGUUCCAGGAUCGAGUUCCCUGCUUUCUGAGUCCGAACAAGUUACAAGGAUUUAGACCAACUAGUCUUCUUGUACUUCACCUCGUGAGAUUCAGUUGUCUGUGGUUGAUGAAAUAAAUAAAGGAUAAUCCCUACAUUUUAUGUUUUGAAUGUUAUCGUUAUGUUUCCCCUGGCCUGUA